UCCUGCACCCCAAUAAGUGGAUUCAUGUAUAGUUAUCGUUGAAAUGGUUAAUUAAUGGUGUAUUUUUGUGAUACUUGAGCGUCGAAAAACGGUAAAUACGAUAGUCUGGCAACGGUGGUCAGGCAGGCAAAACAACCUCACCGUCUUGGGCACCUGGACGUGAGAGCAGCGAGGGAUCCACCAUUACUUGACCCCUUUUGACCCCCCUGUGACCCUCCCGAGGUGCUGCGGGUGACCUCGGCAGUGUCAGCGCUGAAGUGGAGUCCAUUUGAGGCGCCUGGGGUUAGUUGUCGCCAGUGAGAUCUGCGGGAAAGCCUGGCGGGGCACUCACUCCCUCCUCAUUUUGGAGCCGCGGGGAGUGAGUGUCAACAAGAAACAGCUGACUGGGAUGAAUGGGUGACGUAACCGUGGCAGGUGACCGCGUGUGUCAGGUCAACCCCGCCCCGCCCCUGCAAGGCCACGCGGAAGGAUUCUAUAUAGUGUGCGUGAGGGCCAUGCUGGCUGUGCAGAAGCACCAUGGACAUUACUGAUCCAGAGCAAGAAGAGACAGUCACUGCCAAUGAUUGGCAACCGGAAAACAGCACUGUGGGUAGUCACCCGUUUCCUGCAGAACAGAAUGGCAGUGAGUCAUUAGCAUCGUCCAGAGAUGAGGAAGUUGAUGAUCCGCUUUCAGAGUGCCCAGACAGUCCCACCCCACAACCAUCUCCUGCCUCACAACUUCAGCUCUCUCUUGCAAGGAGAGAAAUAUCACAUGACUCCAGUUUGGAUAAAAAAAAUCAGAAUACCAUGAAUGAGGAUGGGGAAGUCAGUGGCUCUAGUGAAGAUGAGGAAUCAGAAGAUGAAGAUGCUGGGGAAGAGGAAGAAGCUGGUUCAGAAGAUGAACUAGAGAAUGGUAACAACAAGGAGGAAGGGGAAGAGAGUGCAUCAUCUGCAGCUGCACCACCUGUGGAGAAGGAUGGGGAGUCCAAGAAGGCCUCAUUUUCCCUGUACUCUGGGGUGAGUGACAUUAUCAGUGGGUCAUGCUCCUCCCCUUCAUCAAACUCCUCAACUCCGUCCCUUCCCCCAAACAAAGCCACAACCCCCUCACCCAGCCUUCAGAGUCGGUGCUCCAGCCUGGUGAACAAGAGUGGUGGUGGUGGCCUAUUGGUGCACCACCCAGUCACUCCAAAGAAGCGAGUUGUCAACAAGACCAAUACUGACCACCUCAGUGAUGAACUGAACUUGGGAUACAGAAUCCUGAUGGAGCUGAUGUCAGACUACCAGAAAGGAAGCAACGCCCCCUUCAUGGAGCAAAUAGAGAUGGAACCUGAGAAGAAUAAGGACUACUUGGAGGUAGUGAAGAGACCCCUAUGGUUGAAGAAAAUUAAGGCUGAUCUUCUGGAUGGGAAAUACCCUACAAUCACAGAGUUGAUAGGUGACCUAAGGACCAUGCUGGAGAAUGCCUACCGCUACUAUGGGCCAGCCAACUCCAUCUCCAAGAAAGGUCUGAGACUCGAGCACAUGAUGGAACAGAAGAUUGCUCUCCUCCCAAAAGAAGUUCGGGACCUGUGUACUCUUGAGAAAACUUCUGGUCAACCUCCAGAGGACAUCACUCAGACACACCGAAAUAAAACUGCCAAAAUCUCAGUCAAUGGAGACAACUUUUUCUCCUAUGUGAUGUACCGCGUGCGUGGGUGUCGAGUGCAGCGAGACAAGGAGCUGAAGAAGAGGAAGAUGGAGGCAGUGAAGCAGGCCAAGCAUGACCGUGAGCAGGAAAUCAUUGAGUGGGAGAAGAACCUGAUGAAGGAGCCAAACAUGACACAAAUGAAAGCAAUGUGGGAACUUCCACAGAUUGGUCACUUCAUCUUCCUGACACUGAAGACCCUCAACAUCUAUGAGGUCCCUCAGUAUGAGGUGGAGCGCAUGCUGCUGAUGCCCCGGGCCUCUCGCACACUAGCAAUGCUGCUCACAUCCCUCCUUUCUUCCCCUCAACAAAGGCAGAAGCUCAGUGAGAAGCCAUACAUGCCAUACAAAGUCUGGGCACGGAAGCUUGCUCACAAAACUCUGCUGUGGUAUAGGUGCUAUUAUAGGGAAAACCGGGAUUCACAGAAGGUAUUUGACCAGAUGGGUAUCGAGCCUCAGUUCUGGCAGGUCUGUGGCCCCACCAACCCCUUUGACCGCCAGCUGUUCCACGAGAUGACGUACCAUCAGCGGGUCUGGCUUCUUAAAUCUCUCUGUGAUUUCCUCCUACACAACCACAAAACUGUCCAGGAAGUAUUAGCAGACCAGACUGAGGCAGAUCAGCGGGAAUAUUAUCUGGGGCAAGACCGAGAUGGCAACGAUUACCUACACUUCCCUCAGUUUUGUGGACAGAACCUCAGAAUAUACAGACGGGCCAGAGUGCCUUCCCCUGAGGUGGAAAGAGAGGAGGAGGAAUUGGUAGAAGGAAGCAUACUUCCUUUAGAGAAGAUUAAGGAACAUAGGAAAAUGAUGAGAAAAUUUAGACAUAAGUAUGAAGAGGAAGCAGAGUGGGAAGGCUCAAGAGGAAAAAAGAGGAAGCGAAAGAGAGGCAAGGGAAGAGGCCGGGUUGUUGAUUCAGAGGAGGAGGUGGGCCUGACCUGUAGGAGUCGACCCAUCAACCUUAGGCAGCGACCACGGGCCAGGUACAAUGAAGACCUUGAGGACCUGGGUCUGUCCUCAGAUGAUGAACCAAAGCCAAAACCAAAAAAGAGACAGUGGACAGUGGUAUCAGAGUCCUCUGGUGAGAGUGAUCAAGAUGAGACUGUAGAGAAGCCUGAGGAUGAGAGCAAUGCAGCAGAAGGGGAGGAUGAGGUGGUGGCCAGCAACAGCCCCUUGCCAGCUCAGCCUGAGAGUCUCACAAGGGCACAACAAAAGAACCCAAGGGCCAAACGGGGAGGAAAGAAGAAACCCACUUGCGAGCUCUGUGGAAAGACAUUCCAGAAUAUUGCUGCCUUGAAAGGUCAUCGGGCUGUUCACACCAAGGAAAAACAAAAGUUAGCUCUCAAUGGAGAUGACAUUCCAGUAAACAACAAAAGACCUGUCGUGGGUGAGGAGUCAAGAGAAACCUCAGAGGAGAGGACUUUCAAUGGUGCUGAUAGAGCUGUGAGUGAGGAGGGCAGUGUGAUGCAGAAUGGUGACUGUGUGCCUGAGGAGAAAAGAGAACUUGAAAAAGCAAAUGUUAAGGAAAAAGAUCUGAAAGAUGAAUCUCUCCAUCAGGAUAAAGUCAAGGUAAAGGAGGAAGUAACUGAAAAUGGGGAAGUGAAAGAUGAUGAAAGAUCCAAUUAUAAUCUUGAAACGAAAUUAAAAGUGGAAGUCAAGGAUGAACCAGACAUUAAAGAAGAAAAUUAUAAUCUUUUUGAAAGUGAAAAUGGCCUAAAACUUACAAAGAAGGAAAAGACAAUCCUGGGCUUGCAAAACACUUGGGAUGAGGAUCACAUUAAGAGGGAAGAGAAUGUGGAGGAACCCAAGACUAGUGAAGACAAGACCAAAGAAAAAUCCCCCUCGCCUCCCAAGGAACCCACUUCCUUCUAUGAUGGCUCAUCUUACUUACCAGACACUGAAAUGUUUGAGUUGGUCGUCACAUCAGUGGAGCAGCUGCGGGCCCUCAUCCAAAAGUUUGGGGACCUUCCUGACGGUGCAGGCUCAGGCUCAAAUGCAGGCAAUGGCACAGCAGGAGAGGAGGAGAAAAGCAGUACUAAAAAAACAAAGGAAGAAGGAAAGAAGCGUCCAUCCUGUGAAGUAAAGUUACAUAGCGCCCUUUGCAAUUUGCUGAAUGAGCUCAGUCCCUGGGAGACCAAGCUGCUUACUGCUACCAAGAGACUCCGCACAAAAUUAAAGCACGAGUGGAAUGACUAUGAAAAGAGAGAUCCCGACUACGUGGACCCAGCUGAGGAGGCGUGGAUGAGUGACCCAGAGCCAGAACCUGAACCCCCUCCGCCACCCCCUCAGGAGUCCUCAUCAUCCUCAUCGUCCAGUGAAGAGUCCCUGGAUGAGGAGGGUAAUCCAAAGCGCAAACUGAGGAAGAGAAAAGCAAAGCGGCAAGCAGUAACACAGAUAAUGGAAUCAGCAACCCCUCCAGUGGAAUCCCCAAGUUUAGCCCAGGAGGAGAAUGCUGAAGGGUAUGCUGUCUCUUCCAGAGGGAGAGUGCGCAAAGUGAAAAAGAUGGUCAACUAUGAUGGCCUGGACUUUGAGAAGCUUGCCCUACAAGCAUCUGAAGAGGCUGAGUUAGAAAGACUAAGAAAGAAAAGAAAGAAGGAAGAAGAAGAGAAGGAGCGGGAAGAGCAAGAAUCUAAAGAGGAACAAACUAAUUCUCAGCCUUCAGGGGUUCACCGCUACUUAUUAUCCCAGGCAGGACAGGUCAUGGGCUACAUUGACAAUAAGGGUCAUGUACACUCUGGCAGUGGAGGCAAAGUUUCUGGAGGUGACCGGGGGAAGGUUGACAUAAGCUCUGUUCGUAAUCUGGCAAGUCAACUGGUUACAGGAAACAAAAAGGAAGCUGCAACAACUCCUACAAGGCCUGGCAUGAUGAUCCCCCCAAAGACCUUCCAGAACCUAAGUCUAAAGCCUUAUGUGCCAACUGUUGUUGUGGCUGCUAUCAAUGACCAAGGCUCUCCAGUGUACGUCCGAGUUGUGGGUGAACAGGCCUUGCAGCUGGUGAAGUACAUGAGGCCAAGCAUCAAGGGUCGUGUCUCCCAGAUCAAACUCCAGCACCAUGGUCAGACUUACACCGUUAACACAAAUGCUCACAUGAUAACACGCAACAUUCCAGGACUACAUGAUGGUGAAGCCACAGUAAAGCCUGCAUCAUCUGUUUCCACAGACACACCUACCUCAUCUACAGCCACAGCCACAGCAAGGCCUCUGACAAAUCUACAGAGCCUAGCAACAAACAACUCUCCCAGUGUGCCUCGGGUGGCACCAAUAUCCUCUGUGGUGAGUGGUGUAUCGUCAUCAAACACCUUAGCACUAGCCUACAGAGGAGUGGCUAAGCAGGCAAGACCAACAACUGUAAGUGCACCAGUCAGACCACAAGGUGCAGCUAUCCCCAGGGCCACAGCUCAGCAAGAUGUAAACCGUCUUACUUCAGUGGCUCACACAAGACUAGUAUCGGCUUCUCCUUCAGUAGUGUCUUCAGUUGUGCCACCAGCUGUCAGAACAACUGCAAGUCUGGGUUCCUCACCUACAAGACAUACUAAUUUGAUAUCUGUAAAUCAGUCUGGAAACAGACAAUCCCUUCCUACUGCUAGAUCUCAGGCUACCCCAGUAGUGAACAGAAUUGGUGUACCUACAAAUUCAACAGCAACGGUAAUGCAGUCAGAAGCUGGUUCAUUGUGUCAAACAAAUAAUCAGCAGCAAAUUGCAGCAGUACAGUCCACAGCAGCUGUGGCAGUGGCUCCUGCACAGCCUCUGGGCCAGACAAUAACAGCUACACCUGUUGCUGUACCUGGCCCUGGGGGACAGACACAGGUGCAGUUAAAGCUUGAAUCUGAGUCUUUGGCACAAUUAAUGCAGCGCACAGGGAGCAAAAUAGUGGCCUUACCCAAUGGUCGAGGAGGGUAUACCUUAUCCCUCACCCCCGGUGCAGUUCAGCCUGGACAAAAGAACCAGACACAAAUAGCUGCCAACACAGCAGCAAAGGUACAGGUGGUAUCUGGGGCAAAUGCUUUGUUGGAAGAUACACCACAGACUUCAGUUGUGCAGCAGCAACAGCCACAAGUUGUUCAGCAGCAGACCCAUGUAAUAUCUCAAGGGGUAGCUCAGCCAGCAGGUGUUGCACAGCAGACAUCACUAACACAGCAGAUUGGAGUGAGACAAGUAGUUCCAGUCAGUCAAGUCAAUGUCUCUGGGUCAAGUCAGGUUGUUUCAAGAGUAGGUGUGCAACAGAGAGUUAUUGGUAAUCUGGUAUCCUCACCACAAGGAACAAGAACAGCUCAAGUCCCAACAACAGCUGUAAUUGCUUCACACCAACCAGGAAGUGCGAUUAUAAACUCAAGUCAGCCAACAGGUGUGUUGCAGAAAGUAACAGGCACACAGUCUCAGCUGACAGGUGCUCAGACAGGUCAGCAUCAGCUUGUGUUGCAGCAGAGAGUAGCAACCACAGGCACCCAGGCUGCUGUAACACCUCAGGUUAAUCAGGGUGUUGUCCAGCAGGCUGGUGCCACAUAUAAACAAGUAGUUGUUAACCAACCAAUGCAGCAAGUUCCACAACAAAUGGUUCAAGUAGCUCCAGGGUCAGUUUUGCAGCAACAACAAGUGGUGAGGCUACAUCCAGUCAGUGGGAGCGGUAGAAAUGCACCCACUCAGAAACUGGUUCAGAUUGUGCAGCCAGGAGGGGCACGUCAAGUGGUGCAGAUGGUUCAGCAGGUGGUUGCUAGUCAGGGACAGGCAAAUCAAGGACAUCAACAGCUGAUCUAUGUCCAGGGAAAUGGCCAAGUGGUUCAACAACAGGCUAAAACAAGCUUAGGAACUGUUCACCACACAUUGCAAGGAACUACUUUACCACAGAAUCAAGGGCAACAGAUUGUUGGACAGCAAGCUCUUGGAGAACAAAAGCUUCAGACACAAAUUGUAAAUCAGCAGCAAAUAAUUCAACAGCAAGCAGCAGGCCAGACACAGCAACACAUAGUACAGCAGAAACAACAAGUAGCACAAACACAAGUUGUGCAGCAGCAAACACAGCAAGUAAUGCAACAACAUUUGGUUGUGCAGCAUCAACAACCCCAACAACAGCAGCAGUCACAGCAACAGCAAGUAAUAACGCAGCAGCAGCAGCAGCAAGCUGUGGCUCAGCAGCAGCAAACUGUUGUUCAGCAGCAGCAAGUCGUUCAACAACAGCAACAGACUGUAGUUCAACAGCAGCCAGUUGUUCAACAGCAACAGACUGUAGUUCAACAGCAAGUAGUUCAGCAACAGGGUCGGUUGGUCUUGGUAAGAACGUCUCAGGGUGAACAGAUGGCUCUUCAGCUGCCUGAUGGAAGAGUCUCACUGCUUACACAAGAACAAUUGCAAGCAGCAAUAAACAAUGGAUCUAUAAAGGUUAGCCAACAAACCUAAUUCCUAAGUCAAUCAUGUAGUAGUUACAGCCUUAUGGUGAAUGGAUGAAGUUGGAAAAUAUGCUGAAAUGUGAUAACCUAAGGCCAUUUUACACAUCAUUUGAAGGGAUCAAAGCAGAGUUCUCCAUUAGAUACUUGCUGUAUCAGUAAUGAAGAGGGAAUCAAGACAUCUCAGUGAGUACCUGUUUUCUGCAGUAGUAGUAGGUAUAGUCAUGUCUUCAUUUAUAGAUACACCAUUGAUGUAUUAUUUAUCAACACUGUUAUUUUGACUUUAUUUGCAUGAUAUUUUUCCAUGACUUGAGUUAAGAUGGUGACAUCCUUUGAUCUUUCAAUUUUAGAAUUGGUCUUUUAACUGUGAUGAAUAUAGCGUUAGUUAUGCAAAUGGUCAUUGCAACAGUUACUAAAUAAAAUGAACAAGUUUGUAGGGAUACUGGAUUUCAUGUAUUAUAAGUCUUAAUACCUUUCCCAUUCUAAACAACAUGAAACUGUUCAACAGGAAAAUGACUGUUAGUAAAACUGCAUUUUUGCCAAAGUACGAAUUUUGAACAAACUUUUCAUAAGUCUGAGCUGUAGACAGAUAAAUUUCACAGUGUCUAAUUUAAGCAGGAAGGUAAAUUAUAUGUACAAAUUUAUAAGUAAAUCUCUGAAACCAAA